GGCUGUGAGUGUGAAUGAGACUUGGCUAAGCUUACACUUGGGUUCAUGUUUGCAUCUGUGUUUAUGCCCCAAGACUGACUCUCACUCCUCCGAAGACUGGACUGAAAGCCUUAAAUGUUGUCACAUGAUGGAUGAGUCAGAUGAGGAUUUUAAAGAACUCUGCUCCAGCUUUUUCCAAAGGGUGAAAAAAAAUGCAACCAAGGAAGUGCCAAGAGAAAAGAAGGCACAAAACGCCUCAAAUGGCACACAGGUAAGAAGCAAAUUGAAAAGAACAAAACAAGUUGAUACCAAGAGCAAAACCCUUCAAGACCCUGCAGAGAAGAAACCUCGAUCUGGCAGCCAGCCCCCUACGACUAAAAAGCAAAGGACUACCAAGUCGCAAGCUACUGAAGUAGAUGUCACUGUAAACGGUGAAGGAGGUAUGCUUGCUCCGGCUCCAAACCAGCCUGUACUCUGGGAAAGAGCACAGACCACCCAGACAGAGAGCACUCCCAACAGUGACUCCCAGCCACCUCCUUCCCGUUUGACGACAGUUGUGCCAAGUCCCUCCAAACCUCGCACAGCAGAGCUGGUCCUACAGCGAAUGCAGCAGUUCAAGAGAGCAGAUCCUGAGCGUUUGAAACAUGCUUCAGAAGAAUGCUCCCUUGAAGUGGCAUUGGAAGAAAAUGCCCCAAAGGGCCCUCUAGAGGAGACAGUGUUGGGGAAUGGAUAUGGGUCUGGGCUCCCGGCCACAGACAGCGAUGCUGCAGUGGCCUUGGCCCUGCAGCAAGAGUUUGCACAGGGAGGAGCAUCUGCACACAGUGAUAGCCUGGAGGAAAAGGGGUUGUUCUUCUGCCAAAUCUGUCAGAAGGACCUCUCAGCCAUGAACGUGGCCCGGAGAGAGCAGCAUGUGAACAGGUGCUUGGAUGAGGCUGAAAAGGCACUGAGACCUUCCAUUCCUCAGAUCCCUGAAUGCCCGAUUUGUGGCAAACCAUUUCUCACCUUAAAGAGCAGAAUCAGUCACUUGAAACAAUGUGCAGUGAAGAUGGAAGUUGGCCCCCAGCUCUUGCUGCAGGCUGUGCGAUUGCAGACAGCUCAGCCUGAGGGGGCCGGCAGUCCACCAGCAUCUAGCUUUAGCAAUCACGUGGGAGGUUUGAAACGGAAAGUAGCCACUAACAAGAAGGAGACACAGAAGAAGCAGAAGGUUGUCGAGGCACCCUCCGAGGACCUGCUGGUGGCCAUGGCGCUGUCCCGAUCUGAGAUGGAGCAGUGUCCAGCUGUGGCAGAACUCAAACUGGAAAGUGCUUUUUCUGAGAGAGUAAGGCCAGGAGCAGAGAAGAAAAGUCACAAGAAGAAAACCCUGGUUCCCCUUCCCAGGUUGUUGGUCCAGGACUCUGAGACCACAGGCAGGCAGAUAGAAGACCAAGUGGCCCUGCUCCUUUCUGAGGAAGCAGAAUUUUCCAGCACACCACCACUUCCUGCCAGCAGGAUUUUAAAGGAAGAGUUGGAAAAGGGAGGCUGGUGUCUUCCACCACCUGAAGGAAAGCAGAACUUUCUGUGGGAGGGCAGCACCCUGACCGGAGCCUGGGCUGUGGAGUCCUUCUACACAGCCAACCUUGUCCCUCCCCUCAUGCCCCAGGGGCCUGUCAUGGGCCUCCCUCUGCCAGCUGAGCAGUCAGAGCUGGGUAUGGGAAGACCACCUGCCCUACACAGCAAUGUCCCUGAGGAUCCAUCACCAUCAGCCAGCCAGAGGGAACACCAGGCCCUGCAGGACCUGGUGGAUCUGGCAAGGGAGGGGCUGAGUGCCAGCCCAUGGCCUGGCAGUGGGGGGCUAGCCAAGUCUGGAAGCAGUGCAGAGUUGGACUUGGUGCCUAAUGGUCUUCCACUGACUGGGUUUGUCCUGCCACCCAAGGAAAAGCAUCUGGAGAGGGGCGGCCAUGCUUCGCUCUCCCUUGGGUUACUGGUUGCUGACUUUGGUGCCAUGGUCAAUAAUUCGCACCUGAGUGAUGUCCAGUUCCAGACAGACAGUGGGGAGAUGCUUCAUGCCCACAAGUUUGUGCUUUAUGCCCGAUGUCCACUUCUCAGUCAGUAUGUGAACAAUGAAGGCUUCUCUGCUGUAGAAGAGGGGAUUCUGACCCAGCGCGUCCUAUUAAGCGACGUGAGCACCGAGGGUGCCUAUGCAUUCCUGCACUAUCUCUAUACUGCAGACACUGGCCUUCCUCCCCACCUGACUCCUGAGCUGAGGUCCCUGGCCCUCAGGUUUGGCAUGAGUGAGCUUGCUCACCUGUGUGAACAAGUGCCCACCAUGACAGAUUCAGAGGGCGAACAAUGGGAGAAGGAGGAUGAGAAUUGUGAAAGCAGGGCAGAGAAUUUCCAAGAACUCUUGAGGUCAGUGUGGGUAGAUGAAGAGGAGGAAGGAGAGAUGUUGAAAUCUAACAGCCACAAAGAAGACAGAGAAAAGGUAAAUGAAGCAGAAAUGGAAGAAAUUUAUGAAUUUGCAGCUACUCAGCGAAAGCUGCUCCAGGGGUCAAGAAUACCAGAUGAUAAUGAGGACACUGACCACCAUAAGGAAGACAGACCACCUUCUGGGCAUGUCCUAGCAAGUGUCCAGGUUAAUGAACAGUGGGAAAAGGCAGAGAACAUGGAGUCUUCUGAGCCAGGAAGAGAUGAGGACCCAACCAAUGGGGAAAAUAUGCGAGAGCAAGUUCUCUGGCCACUCCAAAGUCACCCUUCAGACAGGGAGGGGGGUGCAGAGAUCCAUGAGCAAGAGGCACCCAGGAAGGCCCAGGGUCAUUCCAGGUCCUGCAGUCUUUCUGUGAGCCACUCCAUUCCACACUUGGAGGAUACCUGUGAUCAGAAGCAGCUUUUUUCGUCUACUCUAGGAGAAUUCUCUGAGUUGUCCCAGAUAACACGUGAUUCCAAGGAACAGAGUGGCUCUGUCAGGGAGAGGGGCGUGGAGAUUCUUCAUGGCCCUGCUGCCCAGCAGGUGCCCCUGGCAUACUUGCGUGGCUACGUGUUGCAGCCACCCCAGGGUGGGAGUCCCAGCCAGUCCCCUCUUCACCCUCAUCACACAAGUGGGUUGUCCCCAUCAAUACCGCAGUUGCAUGGUGGUCUCUCCCAGCUGGCCACCCCAAACUCACUGUCUCCAGCUGGGCUGUCAAAGCUGAAAAGGGACAGUAAUAUGCUUACAUUAUUUAAAGAGCCAGGCCACCAGAAAGGCAAAGAAUGUAGUUCUGUACUGGAACCCAAAAGUAAGGGGGUCCUGAUUUCCCCAGAAAAGUCUCUGUCCAUUGACCUAACCCAAACAAAACCUGAUCAUCUGAGUCCCAGAUCUCAGAAUUCUCUAUCCAGUGUGAACAAAGAAGAUGAGAUUAUCCUUUUGUUGGAUUCAGAUGAAGAGCUGGAGCUAGAACAAACGAAAAUAAAGUCAGUUUCUGGUGAUCUUCCAGAAGAAAGGAAAAUUCUAGACAUUAGUCUCAAGUCCUCUGAGUUGUUUUCUGUCAUUGAUGUUGAUACAGAUCAGGAACAUUCCCAAAGCCCACCAAGAAGAGAAGCUGAGCUACAGCAGAAAAAGGAGGAGGGGCAGUUGGAGAAGAGGGGCUCUGUGGGCAGCAGAGGGACCCCCUGGCUGUUCUGUGACCGUGAGAGCAGCCCUGACGAGGAUAACACUAUGGACACCUCCUGGCUGGUACCUGCCACCCCUCUGGCCAGCAGAAGCUGCAACUCUUCAUCCCAGACUCAGAUCACCAGCCUCAGGACCAGGAUAGCAGUGGAUGAGAUGACUCGGCACACGGCUGCAGCCUCAUCAGAAAAUAGGGAAGUGAAGGAAGCUACACAGGAACUGUCAGUGAUCAUGCCCCAGACACUGUCAUCAUGCCGUGUCCCCAGCACUCUAGGAACUUCUCACAGCAGAAGGCCAGUCCACAGAAGCUUCCCUUGUCCCCACCUCAGGCGCCAUAAGGUCUCUCCUCAUGUCCAUUUCACCGAGCAGUUACCGAGAUACUCACAGCCUGGGCUGAGGCUUCCAAAGCAGGCAACUGCUAGUGAAGUGGUGGAGGUCAAGGACAGUGAAGAUGAGCAGGAGAUGGCCUUCUACCAGCCACACAGCAGCCCCCUACUGGAUAGUGACCCCCUAGUUGCUACUGAUGACUGCUGCUGGCCAGUGGAGCCCCUUUCACCAAUUCCAAUCGACCAUGUAAACCUUGAGCGAACUGGCCCCCUGAGCACGAGUAGUCCCAGUAAUAGGGUGAGGGAUGCCUUGGACAGGAGUGACAGCCACUCACCUGGGCUCCUGUGUACCACCCCCAUCCGAGGAAGCUGUGCUACACAAAGAAGAUCUCUAGACAAAUCCUCCCGGGCCGACUCCCCAGGCAGCAGCAGGCUGAGCUUUUUGAAUUCAACUCUGUGGGCUGACUGGGAUGGAGAAGAGCAGAAGUCUCCAGAAACUCUUCCUCUGGCCAAGACACCAAGUGUUGAUCCAGCUCAGAAGUCUAAAGAGUCAGGUACACCCAAAGGUGCUAAUCGAAAGAAGAACUUGCCCCCCAAAGUGCCCAUAACUCCAAUGCCACGGUAUUCCAUUAUGGAGACCCCAGUGCUGAAGAAAGAACUGGAUAGGUUUGGAGUCCGCCCUCUGCCCAAACGCCAGAUGGUUCUGAAACUGAAGGAGAUAUUUCACUAUACUCACCAGACCUUGGAGUCCAAUUCUGAGGAUGAGAUCCAGUCCUCACAAGUGCCACUGGAGGUGCCUCCCAGACAGACACACACCUUUGAGACCCACAAGUCUUCAAGGGAGACCCACAAGCCUUCAAGGGAGACCCACAAGCCUUCAAGGGAGGCCAGUCUGGGACCCGUACCUCAAAGGUCCAAGCAACCUGCUAAGACCAAGGGUACCCAAUGUAGAAAGCAGCAGCCCAGUGGAAAGCAGCAGCCCAAGUCACCAGCCACGGAGUCUCUGCCACAACCUGGUGGUGACAUCCAGCUCCCAGCCUCCCAGGAAUCUGUGACCACCUCUGUGGAUGGCAGUGACAGCUCCUUUAGCUCACAAAGUUCUUCCUCUGGUGAGUUUGGUGCAGCCUUUGAGUCUGCAAGUGAAGAUGAGGAGCGCGAGGAGGGGCUCAGUGCAUCACAGGCGGCAGACACAGAAGAGGCAGUGAGACGCUUCAUCCGCUCCCGGCCUGCCUUGUACCGGAAAGUGCUGCUAUACCAGCCCUUCGAGCUAGGGGAGCUGCAGGCUGAGCUGAAGCAGAACGGCAUCUGCAUGGCCACAGGCAAGCUGCUGGACUUCCUGGACGCCCACUGCAUUACCUUCACCACUGCUGCAGCCCGCAAGAAGCUCCAGGGGAAGAGGAGGCAUCCGGUGGGCAAGAAGAAAGGGGAGCGGAAUUGACAGGGCCCUCCUCUAUCCCACCCCUGCUGUCAGUAGCCUCCACUGGCCACCUGUAGGGAGUACCAGGGACACCCGUGCCAGUUAGGCCUCCCCACGCACUUCUGGGCCUUCGGAUCCUGUCAGCUCUUCACCUGUCAAAAUAAUAGCACUGACCCAAGUCUCCUUCCUCUGGACUCCACUCUCUGGAGUGGUAUUUGGAGAGUAUCACCCACUGGAUGUUGGGUCCCCAGCCCCUUUCCUUUCUCAGUGCCCACGGCGUGUCUCUAACUCAGUAAAACCCUAGUGUUUUAGUGGGUAGUUGGCUUCCACCAGGCCAGGAAAAGACCUCAUUGUGCCACAUCUGCCACUCUGUCCACUAGUCUUGGGCAUGACUGCCCCAUGAGUCUGUUCCUGAGAUGGACAUCAGGCCCCUCCUGCCUAGCAGUCUGGGCUUAUCUUCCCUCUCAGCUCUUACUGGUAGUCCCAGCAACUACCAGCAGACCAGGAGUCCAUAGGCACCAUAAAUUGCCACAUUCCAGGGGCAGCUGUCCUGUUGAGAUAUUUGUCUUUGCCACCAGCGGUCUCCAAAUUGGGCUGUGCACAAGGGCCAGGCACAACUCUGGAGCCCCCCCAGACAAGCAUGUUUUGUUAGUGGGUUCUGCUCAUGCUUGUUAGUGCUGCCUUCAGCCUCAGGAGCCAUGUGGGCUGAAGGUGAGGGCCAGAAAAGGAAAAUUGAGUGUCCACAUCCUGUGAUUGUCCUUGUCUGAAGUGUGGUGCAGCCAGUUUUAUAUGA